UUCAUGACUCUCUUCGACAACACCGGUCUACCGCUCUGGGCUUACAUUGUCAUUAUCGCACUUGGUUCGAUACUACUAUUGGCAACAGCCGCGAUUGGCUUGCGAUGUUGGCUUUUACGUCGCAAGGCGAGGCAGCGCCGCGAGUACGCUGGUCUCACAGGAGGUCCCAUGCGGCGGAUGACGUUGAGGAGAGGGCGCCUAGUCCCGAGUUCUCAACAUCUCUCUCUUACGGGUUCCAAGUUUGGCACGAGGCAAUUCGGGAUAGUCGCCGACAAUGAAUCGAUGAUGGGGGGUAGGAGAAGUCCCUUUGAAUGGUGGGCUACUAUCAUGGAGAGAUCACAAUCCCGACAAGAUCAGAUGUCACAGGUAGAGACUGGCUCGAUAAUCAGCCGGCCAGCAUCCAGAGGUACUACCAUUGCUGCGCGCAAGGAUCUUCAUGGCAAUCCCACACAAACACCUGAGAAGGACACGGAGUCGGUCACGAGAACGUGGGAGCUGACCCUACCUUCGCCGUCCCCGUCGCCCUCGCCAUUGGGGCCCAACAGAACAACCAACUUUUCUCGCUCUUUCAGCAACCGUGGCCAUUCGUCGCCGACUACUCAAAGGUCUCAAGCUACUCUAUCGAGAAUAUCGGAGCGAUCACCACAUGCUUCGAUUAUCAGCGCAGCGAAUGGACCAAUCUUCUCAUCUCAUCACGGGUCAUCAUAUCACUUAGCCAUUAACCCCCGGGACAAUACGGAGCGAAUGUCUCAACCCAGUCCGACUACUCCGCGCAAGACCACAACGCUUGCGAUGCCCUUGCCGAGAAAUCGUCCUGCAACCCAGUUGCCCACUCCGCCACAUCAUUCUUCAAUACCACCACGUUCGAGGCCGACCUCGAGCAGGCAGCCCAAACGACACGACGCCCUAACAGAUCAGGUAUCUGGUCCUUCUCUUCCUAAAGCCGUUGCGCACCCUAUAACGCCAACGGCGUACCGGCUGAACCUUCCUGAGUUCAGCUCUCCCAUCUCGACUUCUUUCUACCGACAGCCAAAUCCAUCACGCCUAGACGUAUCUCAUUCCCGCGCGAACAGCAAUCUGACUUCUCUUUCAGUCUCCACAACGCACUCGCCGAGAAAAUCAUCCUCCAGCAUUGGACCCAGUGGCAUUUACUAUGAGACGCAGGUUCCACGUACCCGUGACGGAGCGGAUUACUGGUCAGCACGCGUCGGCUUGGAUGACGUUCCCUACUCCGCCCAAAGGAAGAGCAGCAGUGGUACGCCACGUUUGGGACAUUCCCGGAAGCCAAGUACAGACCAGCAGCGCCAAUCACGCUAUUCACGUGACGGACCGGGAGAAGAUGUGCAGGAGAAUAGAAUCGGCAUUAUGACGGUGCCAGGAAAGCACAACUCACGAGUCCUGAGGAAGAAGUCGUUGAAGCGAGUGCAGGUCGUCAGU